AUGCCUCACUCGUACGGUCUGCGCGCCGGCACUCGGUAUGCCUUCAGCCGUGGCUUCAAGGAGGCCGGUAUGAUCCGCCUCUCUACCUACAUGAAGACCUACCGUGUUGGUGAUAUUGUCGACCUCAAGGUCAAUGGUGCCGUCCAGAAGGGUAUGCCCCACAAGGUCUACCACGGUAAGACCGGUGUCGUCUACAACGUCACCAAGUCCGCCGUCGGUGUCAUCCUCUACAAGAAGGUCGACAACCGCUACCUCGAGAAGCGUAUCAGCGUCCGCAUUGAGCACGUCCAGCACUCCCGCUCCCGCGAGGACUUCAUCAAGCGUGUCAAGGAGAACGCCAUCAAGAAGCGCGAGGCCAAGGAGAAGGGUGUCCACGUUCACCUGAAGCGUCAGGCCGUUGGUCCCCGUGAGGCCCACUUCGUCAAGCAGGCUGACAACAAGCCCGAGACCGUCGUCCCCAUCGCCUACGAUACCCACAUUUAA